CAGGAGUUGGCGUACGACUAUCUCUUUGGCCGCGCACUGAUCCAAGUGUUUGAGAAUCGCAACAUCAAUCAGAUGUUGCCUCCGUUUCUGGCGCAGGAAAUCGAAAAACGGGCCAUAGCACAGACUAUAGUCGCCGAGCGCAUCUUCAAACACUUGGGGGCUGCCUCCAAGAACGAUGUGGUGGACCUCUACGGCCAACUGAUCAAUGUGCUGUUUGAAACACGGCACGACAGCUGCACUGAUCUCUUUGUGUCUGUCAUCACUGGCGUUCCCAUAGUUCUGCAAGACGA